AGGAUGGAGGCCCUGUUAAACGAGUGGCUGUGGCAGGAGAAGUACUGGCUUCCUCCUGGUAUCCGCUGGCGGGACAUUAACAUGAAGGAGGAAGAUGGACGCUUUCCUCUACCCAGGGAUCUCCUCUACACCUUGCCUCUGGCCUUGGCCUUCAUAGCCCUCAGAUAUGUCUUUGAGAGGCUGGUCGCCGUCCCGCUCAGCAGAGCUGUUGGCGUGAAGGAUGCGAUUCGGAUCCGAGCUGCUUCCGUCCCUAAGCUGGAGACCUUCUACAAACAGAAAAGUCGGCAGCCAUCGCAAAGUGAGCUGCUGAGUCUGGGGAAGCAGUGUGGCCUCUCUCAGAGAAAAAUAGAGACGUGGUUCAGACACAGACGGAACCAGGAUCGACCCAGCAACACCAAAAAGUUCUGCGAGGCCUCUUGGCGGUUCGUCUUCUACCUGUUUGCAUUCACCGCUGGGCUCGCCUCUUUAAUUAAUAGUGCGUGGCUGUGGGAUCACAGAGAGUGUUGGAGGGGAUAUCCAAAACAGCCCGUGGCCGAGGCUCACUACUGGUAUUACAUCCUGGAAAUGGGUUUCUAUUUGUCGCUGCUGAUGUGCGUCUCUGUGGACAUCAAGCGAAAAGAUUUCAAGGAGCAGGUCAUUCAUCACAUCGCCACCAUACUCCUCAUCGGUUUCUCCUACUGUGCCAACUAUGUGAGGGUUGGCACUCUGGUGAUGCUGCUGCACGACUCCUCUGACUUCCUGCUCGAGUGUGGGAAGAUGUUUCACUAUGCCCGUUGGACGAGGACGUGUGACUCAAUAUUUGUCGUCUUCGCUCUCGUCUUCCUUUUCACGAGGCUGGUGGUGUUUCCUAGCAGAGUGGUCCACACAACCCUGGUGGUGUUUUCAGAAUUCUUCCAGCCCUUCUUCGGUUAUUAUUUCUUCAAUGCUCUGCUGCUAGUGCUGCAAGCCCUGCACGUCUUCUGGGCGUAUCUCAUCCUGCGCAUGGUCUAUAAGUUUGUGUUCUCUGGCAAGGUGGAGAGUGAUGUACGCAGCGAUGAAGAGAGCGAAGUGGAGGAUGAAGAGGAGGAGCCCGAGGAGGAAGGGGACGAAUGCAGCUCGGAGCAAAGGAAGGGUGCCAUCAACUCCAAACUGGCAUCACUGGCGAACAACUGUGUCCUGAACAACCUGACCCACCAGAGGAAUAUAAACAGCAGACUGCCUAAAGCCAGAUAG